UUCUCUUCAUCAGACAUACUAUUACAAAAAGAAACCUGGCAAGGCAAGAUUAUUUACAACCAGAGUCAAAAGAAUAUCCUCCAAGCAUGGUUUGAACAUGACCCUUACCCUGAAAAAGCAAGCAGGAAACAACUGGCCAAGGAAAUUGGCAUUCCAGAAUCUAAAAUUCAAAUUUGGUUUAAAAACCACAGAGCAAGACAGAGACGAUUGGGGUUCAGCUCCUCCUUAGGAGAAGACCAAACCCAUGGACAGAACCAGCCUCAGCCUUAUACUCAAGAAUACUUACCAAAAGGAGCCACACGAGACCACACAUCUGUUCCAAGAUCUCAAUCAAACAUUCUAGUUCAAGCCUUCAAGAGGAACCAACUCUUUGAUAUUGCAAACAGGAAAACACGCCAAACAGGCAUUCCAGAAUUGAGAAUUCAAUUUGAGAACAGAGCCAGAAUCGCUUGUCUUAUGAUGUCCACGUCUCCGGUUUUUCUCACGGAGAUGUGGCUUCAGGACCCAAGAUCUCUGUACCCUGGGCAGAGUAGAAGUGAGCCUGUGAAUUCCUUGGUAGAUGGCCCAAAUGGGAAACCUGGUCUGACAGCUCAGCAGCACAAAAUUGACCUGUGCACUCUCCCAGGCAGAUCUCAUCAUUUUCCUUCCUCCAGUUCUUUCAGCAGGAACCAACCACUUCUACCUGUUCUUCUCCCAUCCCACGUAUCCUCUGUCCCUUGUGUGAUCCAAGGACAAAGUGUCAUGAUGCAGCCCAUGCAGGCUGUGCAGAGAGGAGAGAACCCUCCCUCUACUCUAACACUUGGGAAUUAUGUGCCAGUACUGCUGACUAUGGGAGGAGACCCAGAUACUCAGUAUCCUUUCUGGCCCCAAUACCAAGAAGAACGCCAGGAUCACCAAGAACAGACUGACAUGGGAGUACUGCAGUUGGAAGACUAUUCUCAGCCUCAAGGUGAGCACAAAAAACCACCACCACAGGAUCUGAGCCAGGUGGACAUAUCUUACUUUCUGCAGUGGUGGGAUGAGUGCUGCCAGGCUCUGACUGCAGAGUGGGAUCCUCAAAAAGGGACCCACUGA